UUUCUUUUUAGAAUGUAACGCUCGAUAACGUAACGAUGAUCUGUUAUAUGUUUCAGGUUGCCCACUACGGUGAAAAGGUUUACAAGUGUACGCUUUGUCACGAAACUUUUGGUUCGAAGAAGACGAUGGAGUUGCACAUCAAAACCCAUUCGGACUCCUCUGUCAGUGGUUCUCCUAGAGACUCGCCGAUCGAACCAGAGAUUAAGAUCUCGCAAGCAAACGGUGUAAGCACUGCCAAUGAUAAGGAGAAUCAAAAGACUGAAGAACCAAGCGACGACACUGCUACUUACAACGCUCCACGGGAGUUUCCAUAUUAUGUGUAUUCUAGAGAGCAGUAUUCGCAACCACUGGUGGUAUCUAGCGAAGGAAGAGCCUUCCAAACGAUGCCAACUGUCCCCGUCGAACAGUCCCACACGUUUCUCUAUCCUGAAGUUUCGCCAAUGUACACUAGUUUUGGAAUUCAGAGUAACAAUUUUGUGGGCAACUGUUCUUCGCUUCUGAAUUUGCCAGGAAACGACGCGCGCAGGCGAGUCGAGGCUGCGCUCGAAGCAGUCGAAGAAGAAAGGCAGAGGGAAUAUGGAAUCAUCCAUAUCGACGUUGACAGGGAACCAAUUCUAACUCCGCCAAGCAGCAAUCCCGUGAGUCCUGUACCUUCGCCGGAUCCUCUCGAUUUGGCAAUUCCUGUACGAGAGACGUUAAUUCUCCCGCCAAGAAAGCGGUGCAAGAUGAUCUUAGAAUCAAUGGAGAGCGAGAGAAGUGGUCUUAUCGCUUCGCAGAGACAGAACUCUGUUAUUCAGUUUGCUAAGGCAUCGUAGUGGAAGAUUUCGAAGAGAUCAGUGGUGUACCGAUGAUACUUUUACUUUUUACGUAUGGUGAAACGUAAUCCGGGUCUAAUGAAAAAUUACGUAGAGCAUCGAUUCAAAUUGAAUACGUACCGAUGAUAUCGAUGGGCUACAAUGAUUAAAUCGUUAUAUUGAAAGUUAUUCAAAAUUGAAACGUUUAAAAGCAACUUGUCGCGUGGAAAAUAAUUUCAAUGCAGAUUCGGCAUUUCAAUGCUAAAUUGAAUUGAAAAAUUCAAACUCAUAUUAUAUUCGAAUAGUGUACAGUACCUACAUACAACUCGUAGAAAAGAAAAUGGAAUGCCCAUCGCUAACCAACGAUAAAUUCAGAAACCAGAACUUCGUGGCGUAGAAAUAAAACACGACCGGGUCACCGGAAAAUUUCACUGCACAGUUUGACAAUCGGAGACGGUUUCGGUUUCGAUCUCGCAUCGAAUAUUUUAUGCCACCCUCAGAUUUCAAAAUUUGUUCAAACGAGACAUUUUGGAAAUGGACUACGCAAAAUAGGAAUAUUUAUUAUGAUUUUAAUAUAGUAUAAUCGAAGUAGCUUUCCUUUCUCCCUUACUAGAGCGUUUAACGAUAGAUAAGAAGCAAUCGAUUCGACAGGUUUUUAUAAUUGUAUUAGGUUGUCCAGAAAGUUCGUGCCAAUUUCUAAGAAAAAUUCACAAACACGCUUGAAUUUUAAUAUAUAUUUAUUGAAUUACGUAGGUGCCAUUUUGUUCCACAACCUUUUCACUUAUUAAGGGAUGUAUACAUAUUAUUUGUUUUCAACCACUUCGAUAUAUUCAGACCUGUACCACCUAUCAAAAAUCGACAUGGACUUUCCGGACAUUCCAAUACAUGGUGAAAGUUUGAAGAAUGUUGGAAAUCAUGGUGCAACAUUUCCCUCGCAAACCUUAAACUAAUACAGGAACGUUCGAUAAUUUUACUAUCUUAAAGGAUAAUCGCGAACAUUUCACUGUUGGCCAAAUAUUUAUUUAUGACAGAGUUAUCUCGUAAUCGCGAAUUCGACUGGUUUCGAGAACUGCUUAGACGCGUCUCGUGCAAGGUUGGUCAAAUUCUCUUCCAAAUAAGAUAUAAAAAAUGCCCGAUUUAUUCGCAUUACAAUAAUGCUAAACGAAUUCUUCACUCGCUGUCCUCCUGCGCGGAGAAAGGACUUGUUAUAUUUGUUUUAAUUCUUGCGAAUAAAUCGCCAAGUUUUAUUCUUUAUUCGAAAUAGAAUUUAUCCAACUUUGAUCUCGGAAUAAACGUCUCGAUAUAAUUUCGCCACGUCCUUGCGUAUUUUUCAACAUUUCUAAACAAACAAUAAUUGUAAAAAAUUGUUGCUCGAAAAUGGCGCAAAAUGGUAAUUCUGUCGCUUAGAAUUAAUUGAAAAAUACUUGAGAAAUAGGCUUUAAUGGUCUUGGAACGAAGCUGUAAUUUUUGGCUUUGCGGAAAUUGCAAUUAACAAAUCCAAGGAUGGUGUAGUUUUUUUUUUAAAAAUAAAUAAAUAAAUAAAUUCGAUUUAUCUAUCAAACGUCGUCCUUGGGCUUGUAUUUUAAGAAAGACAUCGUUUGCUUUGCUUUCUCCGAUCUUUAGCUGCGCGUGUUCGCGUCAUUUUUUCAUGUUUCGCGUUACGUGUACUACGUGUACGUCAAAUAUUUGUGUGUAUGUGUGCAUGCGUGUAUAUAUGUUUAACUGCAACGGAUUAGCGUAGAAAGAUCACAUAAAAGAUCGGAAAGUCUUGAAAUGAACAUGAUCGAGACCAUUCUUUAAAUGUCCGCUGAGGAAAUAAAAUUUCUUUCAUCCGUGGCGUGCUCGUAUCUUAAUCGAGACGGCCAUGUCAGCUGUAAACGUUAAACACUUUUCACAGAAUAUCCGACGAAAGAAAAGCUAGCAAUUUCGAACAAAUCGUCUCGUGUUAAAUAGUGGAUUUUUUUUAUCGUUUCGUACGAGAGGAAGCCUAACGAAAGAUAAGAGUUUUUUGAAAUCUGUUCGGAAAUCUCAGUAAAGAAAUUUCAAACAAACGAUCGAUCGUGUCGACUUGUCUAGUGUCUCGUGUUUCGUGUUUCGUAUUUCGUAUUUCGUAUUACGUGUUUCGUGUUUCGUAUAUCGUAGCAAUUUCUAAUUGUAUCCAAUAUUUAUAUAUGAUCGAUAAUCCCAAUUUCUUGCCAAAAAUUAACAAGACUGACACAACAGUCUGGAAACAAUUUUUGUUACCGAGCAACAAAUUUUUAAUAACGUAUUACCAUGAUAUGAUGAAAGUGAUAUUAAAAUAUCUAAUUGCUCAAUUUCGUCGUCGUUAGAAUGAUAUUGAUCGUUAAAAUGAAACAUUCGAUAGAUUUUGUUUUCAACCAAAUCCUAAACUUAUUCGAUUCUUUUCCGUAAAUAGUUCUUUCAACCUUCGCAUUAAAAUUGACUCGAUACGUUGCUUUUCCCUAUAACUUGGUUAAAAUAUUCGAUCUUGUAAUAAUUCAUCUUUCGAUUUUAAAAAAUCUAACGUGACGGAACUUGCAUUUAUUUACGUUAUUUACGAAUCGUUCAAUGAUUAUUAAUUUGUUACUUACUGUUAUACUUUUGUAAAAUUUGGCUAGUUUCAAAAUGAGAAUCUUACAUUAGAAGAGCCUUUAAAGUUCACCGUAAAAAAAAUCGAUGGUUAAACUCUGUCCGUUUUACUAAAUUUUCGAGAUCGAAUAAAAAGACUAGCUUCGAGUACAAAAGCAUCGAGUCGGGUUUACGACUCGUCAAUUUUCGAAGAGCGUCAAAAAUAAUAUUACGUACAUUUAAUUGCCGAUAAAUAAUAUCUGCUACUUUAAGGGGCUCAGUUUCAAUAAUACGGAUCUUACUGGAAUAUACAACUGCAGUUUCCAUUAUAAAAAUGAAAUCGAUGGGAAAAAAGUACCAAACAAUUAAUAUCUCUGUGAUAAGAACUACAUAAUGCCAGAGUAUUGAGGGUAGCUAUGCCCACUGCCAGUACAAGAGAGAAAGAAAAAGAGGAAGUGCGUGCGUGCGUGUAUAUAAGUAUGUGUGCAUAUGUUAAAUCGUACUGUCACGAUUAAUCAUUUGUAGCCAUCUGUAUUUACACUUGGCUUCGCUCCAGUACGACGCGAAGAAAUUUUUCCUAUGUUGAAAACUAAUUUAACCGUUUCGCUACGGUGCGCGAUGGUCUAGUUCAGUUGAUAGUUCAGUUCCCAAUGAACGAAACGUCGCGUCGCGUCGCGCAAAAGUCUAAAUGUUGCGCAAAGACAAUAUAGAGACAAACUGAAAUAAAGUUGUACUAAACGACAUUGUAGGUGUAAAUGUAGUCACAAAACGUAAACAAAGUUGGACAGAGCAAUAUUUUCCAAAUGAAAAAAUCGAAACUGCCGAUCCGGAGUAAGUGUACAGUGUUUUGUGGCAAACGACUAUAGUCACCCAUCGUAGCGAAAGGGCUAAUCGAUGAUUCGGUAAAGUGCAUCCAUUACAAAACAACCGUUAAUAAUAUAUAAAUAAUAUUGAUCAGAUGUAUUCCUUGUACAUCGAAGAUAAAAAUAUACGAUGCUGUUUAGACUUAUCGGAAAAAUAAAAUUAAUUAUAAUAUAAAGCAUUUUUAAUUAGUCAAACAUUUUUUAUUUAAAAAAAAUAUCGAUAUACACGAUAUGUUACGAUACGAUGAAUUCGUUAGUUAAAUCGUAAAGUACUAGAUGCACUUCGUAAUCGAAUCUACUAUUAACUUUUGAUCUGCGAUUUAUAGAAUAGCUUGCAUAUACAAUACAAUGAGCCAUGUUCAUAUUUUAAUAAGUAACGUAAUAUUUAUAUAGGAAUGUGCGUGUGUGUAUGUAUAUAUGUAUGUAUGUAUAUUGUUUUUUUUUUCUUUUUCACACAUCCAAAUUCGACACGUGGCCUAUUUCUAUUUGUCGGACGUUUGAAAAGUUCGAGAAGAGAUUUCUCGUUCAUUGUAUGGAUUUGUGCGAUAUAAAAUUGAUGUGCAAUCAUAACUUAAGUUCUCAGGACGCUUAAUUUUCUCUCUACAGGAAAAAUUGCUUUUAAUUAAUGGAAUAUCCAGGUAUUUAUUGUAAAUUUACGCAAUCGUUGAUCGUGAAAAUCGAAGCGCCUAAUGCUAGUUUAGAGUUUAAAAGUUUUAUUUAAACUAUUCAAUCGAGAAUUGGCCACGUGGGUACUAUGUCGAAAAUAAAAACGCGAAUUGUUAAGUAUUACGAUAACGACGAGAAAAAGAUUGAAAUAUGCGAAGAGGAGUCUAGCGUAAUAUUGUAAUUAUCUGUUAUUACUUAUUAUUUUUAAGAUACACAAAUGCAUGCCGAGUGGGACGUGUUUUGUCCCAUCGUUGCGAGCGUGUGGAACUGAUUACCUAUGAAAAAGAAACGUUUUUCUAGAGACUCGUUGUAUACAAGAUGAUUUCAACGGAAAAAAGAUGAUACAAUCUUCAAAGAGUGCAACAGGGACGAUAAAGA